AUGUUCAUUUUUGGUGGUUACUCAGAUCCGAAAAAGAUAGCUAAAAUAACAAACUGUGCGAUAAAAGAAAUCGGAAAGAGGCUCACAUAUAGUUUUGUAUCGACGGCUGGAUCACUUGUCACAUUAGAAGAAGUUGUAGAAGAAACAAUUUUAUGUAAUGCCAAUGAAGACCCUCUCAAAUGCGAAAGCUUUGAUGGACAAUUUCUUCGCCAAGUCAGCAAUACCAAAAUUCAGCAUAACAGUGGUUGUAUGGCUCGUUAUCAUGGACAGGCUCUUAUUAUUGGGGGACAGCAGACAAACACUGUUGAGAUACUUGAAUUCAGCCCGUACAAUAUCGAAAAAUUCCGACUGCUUCAAGAUGGAGGAAAUGUGACGGAUAAUGAAGUUAUUUAUUCUGACUUCAGACUUGAUGCUCCAAUUGUAUUCGAAGCUGAAAUCGAUUUUUGCUUGAACUAA